GGCCUUUUCGAGCGGACGCUCUUCUCACCAGCUCCCGUCGUCUGCUUUGCAGCAGCGUGUUCGCGUUUUGUCUUUCAGCUUUCUGCCUGUGUCCUCCAGGAAUCGAUUUCCAGCCCAGGGUCAUGUGCGCUGUAGAUCGUUCGUCGGAUUGUUAGAUGGUGCAGUGCGUGUUGAAUAUACUAUCUUGCUCGAGCUGAAGACAGUGCUGUCAUCUACGCUUCAAGAAAGUGAUUGCUUCAGUCGACAUUUCUUCGCGGAGUGGAUAUAUCGCCCUUCUGCUGUUCCCCUGGGCACUGGUGACCUUUCUAAAGUGCGCACAAAUAGACUUCUUACGUGUGCACGCGGUUUCAUAAGAGUCUAUCACUUUGAACGGAGCAGCUCGUUUUGUGUGAACGGGUAACUUUGUUUUUCGCUGUGCUUGAAAUCGAUUUCCAGACUCGUUGUGGUCCAAGCAGUGGAUAUGCAAUUGAGCUCGUGAUUUCACACUGUAGGAAAGGAUUGAAGAAUCGCGCAAAGGCGCUAGUAUACAACUGGGUGUCAACGUUCAAUGUGGAAAAGAAUUGGAUUUCGUCGUGUUUGACCAUGUUUAAACACCAGGACGCUGCAGUGACCAAAAGAAACACUGACGAUGAGUCGGAGACGUCGGACGACGAAGCGGAUGGAAAAAUGCUACCAGAAAGGCCCACCAUAAACGCAUGCGACAUUGACAAACGACCUCCCAGUUUUCUCCAAGAAGAAGAAAGCCGUAGACAGAGUCCCGCUUUGAGCACACGCACGAUACGUCGCAUUUCACGAAAUCCGAGCUGUCGGUGUCCACGACCCAACAACUCAGAUCCAUCUGCUUUGUUGAAGGAGGAAGUACCCUGCAUUUGCUGCAGCAGUGAAGAUUCUGAUGAUUACAUCGAAGACACCGUAUCUUUCGUCUGUGGUCGAGGACUCACUUUAGUCAGUGGUUCCACUGUGUUGAACACUCGUGCUUCCCUCAAUGGGCAUGCAACAAAAUUGGGCGCCCGACAACGUACUUCUCUGACGUACGCGUCCAACAGAAACCAUACAGAAACUUCAUCUGCAGCUUCGGUGCAUCUACUAACAACCGUUUCCGCGGCGACAUCUUCAACGAGCGCCCAGUGCACCGUCAACAUCAAUCAGUCUUCCAGUGACUGUGUUGGAACUUCGACAUCCCUAAGUAUUUCCGGCUAUAAAUACGCUAAAAGCGACACCGUUGCUGCGUGUGCGUCAAGUUCACGACCAAGACCUGUAUCAUGUGGGCUAACAGCACUUACAUCCCGCAUGCCCCCAAGCAGCGCCCGAAGGUCGGUGCGUAUCGACGACAGUCUUGACAAGGGAGAUACAUCUUGUAGCACGAAAGUAGCUACGGGUUCAGAAGAGCCAUUUCGUAAGGUAGUAGCCACUAGCAACCCUGAGCCAAACAAAGCUAAUGAAACUCCAGAAACCUGUACAGGAAAAGACACCCGUUCGACCGUGAGCGUGCAGCAGCUUGCACAGUCCCUUAGGAAUAACCAAGACGAUCAUAUAAGCUUCUUCUUCACAACACCUUCGCCCUCUUUGGAAAACCGCACCUUUGAUACGGAAGACGAGGAGCGAGCGUACGUAAUCCAGAAAGCAGGCAGGGAAACGCGCGGUUCCGAGUUGAAAAAGGUGCGUGCUGUGGAAGUGGACGGGAACGGUGAUGUGGCGAAGCGUGAACUGGUGCAAUGUACUGUGGACUGGAGGAAAGAGGCGGAAAGUCGAAAACCAUUGCAGCGGCCGCGACUUCUGCCCACAAAAAAGCGUCCCAGCGAUGUGGUUCCGGUGAUCGAAGCGGCUUUAAGUUCAUUGUACGAACCUUUUCACUCUGUGCAAGUGGUGCUUCUCAGCCAGACAAAGGAUAUAUUCCUGCGAAAAUUCUUCGGCGACAUCGACAAGUUCACAACAUUUUUCUUACAACCUGCGGUGGAGUUGCUCUCUGCUAUCAAGCAAAAGGUACGCCAUGCUCUCAAAAUCGACGGUACGGAAUCCAGCAGGCCGUCGAACUCGAACGGUUGCCACACAUGCAUCUCCCAGCAGCGCAAGUCCUGGCCCUUGUGCUUUAACCGACGGGUCGUUGUCCACUUGGGCGAACUCGAUUCUUCAGUUCUGCGACCUGGAGACUUUUACUUCGCCCUCGCACCUCCUGAACGUACCGCCAACCCCGAGGACCCCCCAGGCCUCUCUGUGCGUUACCGCAACUCUUCUACGGGCCGUCUGAAGCGUCUAGACCUCGAUGCCUCCUCAAGUGUUCUCUUUACCAUGGAUUGGUUGCGCAAAUGUCGAGGUUCGACCCAAGCUGGUGGGAAGACUGAUGAUGACGAAGAGCUAGUGUCUGUCUUGAAGCACCUUCUGGUAUCAGUGGAACGCGGAGUGGAGAGGAUAGAGUACGAAUCCCUGGUAAAAGGCAAAGCUUGGGUAUGUGAACACAAAUUCCCAAGUCACUACUGCUGUUGCAAGGCGAGUCAGAUACCUUCGACGCCAUCGCCGAUGGCUGUGGAUAUGAAAGACAGUGGGGUUCAGGCGAACCUCAACGCAAACGAAAGAGUGACUUGCACUGUGUGUGGUUGCGUGAGAAUGAGCGGAGAUUGCAGCAGGAGGACGAGUGCGUCGUCCGGGAUCGAAGGAGGGGCGUCGAGUGAAACGGACAGUGCGGGAAGGUCUCGGGAAGGAUCACUCACUGGAGUCCUGCCACCAGAGUCCCUGUCUUCGCUAUUCCGCGAAGGAGCCUCGCUAUCUCAAGAAGACUUCGACGAUGGUUACCAUGACAACAGCCUCGCCCAGCCGGCCAGCAUGAGCCAAUUAGACCAGGACCUCCUGCACUCUGGCGUUGCUUGCUUACCUGGCUGCAGAGAUGCGGCAGGGCGAAGCGUUGUCGUCGUGCGGAGCGCAAUCUUCAAGGAAUUGCCUGAUGUACCACCUUGUCAGCUGGCUUGCCUCCUCAUGUACUUCCACACCAUACCAAAGAAAGAAACUAUCCUCCGUGGCUUCCAGGUUCUUGUCGACGCAUCGGAGGCGACAGAGCAGUUCUGGACAACGCUGGACGAAGCCUUCAGCCUCGUUGAAGCGAAUAUCAGUUCUGCCAUCAGCUCUGUAGUCGUAUGGAAGGGUGGAAGCCAACUGGAUGGAAGAGGAACAGCUCUACCGCAGAGUAGGGUCAAGAUUGAACCAGCCCCUUCGUACGAGAAGUUGCUCCGGUUCAUCACCAACGACAACCUGCUACCAGAGUUUGGAGGAUGUUACGCUUACGACCACCAGGAGUGGAUGGGUUUCCGGAAGUUCCUGGAGCCUUUUAUGUCGGGCUGCCGUCUAUGUGGCCGGCAACUGGUGACCAUGAUGCAAGACCUUCGCACUGGUCGCCUGCCACCCUCUUCGGCACUUGCUUCCGAGAUGAUGGAAGCCCAGAAGAGGCAUAUUCAGAACACGUUUCAGGACGAGCAGCUGCGGCACCUGCAGGAGGAAGGUGACACCAUACUUCAGGAACUGCAGUCAUACCGGAACAGGUCACCUCACAACCCCGACUACAGGGAUUCCCUCGAACGAAGUGUAGCGUUAUACAACGAACUGAAACGAGCUAUGACCAAGUUGACGAAAGCAGCCGAGAAGCGACUUCAGCGUCUGCAAGAGUGUAUGCUGACGCGCACUUUUGAAGAAGAAUCUAGUCAAGUUCUUUCGUGGAUAUGUAAGCAUGGCGAAGAGGCAUUGUCGAAACAUCACUUCGUGGCAGAUUCCUUGUCAGGGAUACAGGAACAGGAAUACGAGUUCGAAAAGUUCUACUUCCUGGCAAUGAGACACCUUGAGAAGGGGAAUGACCUACUGGAAGAGGCCACCAUGAUGAGUAGCCCCGGAGAGGGGGGAACAAAUGGUACCACAGUGCCAAGUGGUGCCAUUCCCCAGGAGAUGGCCUGUUCCCUGCGUCAGCACUUAGACACCUUCAGCGAAAAGUUGGAGGACACCCGAGAGAGACUAGAAGAUACUUCCCGCUGCUACCUUCUUCUGGACCAGAGCUACGAGUGGGCUUUGGACGCCAUGAAGUUUGUGUCUGGCAUGAAGAUGGAAGACGCUACGACCUCAGAGCAGCUGCUAGAGUUGGUGAAGUUGCUGAAUGACUACCUGGAUGACCACCCACCCCUCCCCGAAAAUAACUUUCAGGAGAUGCUGGAUCUUGCGUGUAGGCUUGGAAACACCAAGCUUCUGGAACAGUGCAAGACUGCAAAAGCUCGUUGUCGUGAAACAGUUGAACUCAUCGAAGCCAGGCAGGCGACGUUGAGCCGAGCACGGCAGCAGCUUGACUUGGACGGCCGCAAGUCUCCAUUGGGUUGCCCCCGUGUCCCUACUUGGGACCCCUCCGGUGGCGAAAACCACGGUGCCCCCCUGGGAGGACUCUUUUCUCAUAAGUGGUCACCAGGAAAUGCCAGCACCCCGUACUGUUCAUCAUUUGUGCGCAGACGCUCCAUAGCGACCACCCAGCCCCACCUGUACUCCCCACCUCCCCCCAUGAACUCCUACACGGCUUUUCCUGGCCAGUGUGGGGACAGAAAUUCUCGUGUGCAGGACUCCUUUGCAGUGGAUCAGUAUAUUCAAGAAAAGGAGGAACAGCUCUUAAGCCAAGGGCUUAUCACUGAUGACCUUACUAGGAGAGGGCCUGUGACUUCUAUAUCGCGGAGCUUCCUAGAAGCCCGCAGUAAAGAAGGAACUGGACCCAAAGCAUCGUCCACAAUGAGUGGCCUCAGUGCUCUACGGGAAAAAGUGCGCAACUCCCUUCACAAAGAAGGCCACCUGUGUCGUCCGCAGCGGAAGCUCAUGAGGCGGAGCUACACUUGGCAAUUGUGCGAAGAUGCCCUCACUCAAGCCAGCCAAAGGAUACGCGAGCAGAACCAGCGCUUUGGUAGGGGAAAUCAUCGCAUUUCUGACCUCGAGAACAGUAGCGACGGACAGCCCAGCUCCGUGAGUUCUCCUGAAUCGGAAGAGCUGACGUCUCCCGACUCCCCCGACCAGCUAAGCAAGUCUUCCCCUGACGGGGGCAGUGGUGGGGGCUGUUCUUCCCCUGUUGCCGUCAACAGCCACCUCCUGACAAGGGCAUCUACCCUUCAACUAGCGGACUCUGCAAUGAGUGAUGCUAAUUUUAGCGAACAGCAGCUCAGGAACAAGAAGACCCUUCUGCUUAUCAUGAGGGAGAUGGUGCAGACAGAACGGGACUAUGUCAAGUCAUUAGAGUAUAUAAUUGAGAGCUACAUUCCGGAACUUAUGAGGGACGACAUCCCACAAGCGCUGCGCGGCCAACGCAACGUUGUCUUUGGCAAUAUAGAGAAAAUUUAUGAGUUCCAUAGUCGCUACUUCCUUCAGGAAUUGGAGCACUGCGAGUCCUCUCCAUUCCUUGUUGGACAGUGCUUCCUUAAAUAUGAGCCCCAGUUUUAUCUGUAUGCUUUGUACAACAAGAACAAACCAAAAUCGGACACACUCAUGUCGGAAUAUGGCAAUGCUUUCUUCAGGAGAAAGCAACUGGAGUUGGGUGACAAAAUGGACUUGGCAAGCUACCUGCUAAAACCUGUCCAACGGAUGGGAAAGUACGCACUACUACUCAAGCAGUUGCUCAAGGAAUGUCCGGAACGAGAACCGGAGCAGGUGGACCUAAAGGUUGCGGAAGACAUGGUGCGGUUCCAGCUACGGCAUGGCAACGACCUGUUGGCUAUGGAUGCUUUGCGAGAGUGUGAUGUGAAUGUAAAAGAGCAGGGGCGCCUCUUGCGGCAGGAUGAAUUUCUUGUGUGGCAGGGGAGGUCCCGCAAAUGCAUUCGUCAAGUCUUUCUCUUUGAAGACCUCAUACUCUUCAGCAAAGUACGAAGAGAUCCUGAACACAAGGGGCAUGAUGUCUACCAGUACAAACAAAGUAUCAAGACCACAGACAUUGGCCUGACUGAACAAAUUGGAGAGAGCCCGACCAAAUUUGAGAUCUGGUUCAGGAAGCGCAAGCUGAAUGAUGUGUACCUUCUGCAAGCUCCGUCCCCAGAGGUGAAGCUGUCCUGGAUACAGGAUCUUGCCAAACUACUCUGGAAACAGGCGCUACGAAACAGAGAAAUGCGCCUGGCGGAGAUGUCUUCCAUGGGGAUCGGGAACAAACCAUGCUUGGACAUCAGACCGAGCAAUGACCAGAUCAAUGAUCGCUCCAUCAGUGUGCAUCAGCUCAGUCGAACUGCCCCGAGGUUCCGCAGCAUGGGCGCGGGAGGUAUGCAUCACGAGCUGGGCCGUGAGGGCGUCUUGGGCAACAACAAGAGGCCUCACUCCAUCAUUUCUGUGAGCAGCAGCUCCUCCUCGUCUAGCAGCCAGUCUUCUUUCUACUGUGCUCGCAACUUGGGCUUUGAGAAUGGCGACAGCCCCAGGCCCCUGCACCGUUCUCUCACGCAGCAAUCACAGUGCUCCAAUGAGAGCGGCUUCUGUACGGAUGCCAGCACGGGAGGUGACUGCCUCCAAGCAGACGCCUCACUGCGGCCACAUAGAAAGGCGGAACGCAGUGAUUCUCUCCUGUCCAAUGACUCUGUAGUGGCUCACUCAGAAGAGGAAGCACCCUCCUUGCUCCAGAGGUUUUCUGAAACGUGACAUCACUGCCUGUCGGAGGAAGCACUAACCUGAUGUAGGAUUUCUCUUCCCUGUCACUUGUGUAGUGGUAAUUUAUUGAGAAACCAAAUUCAUUAACUCUUCCGAAACCUUCCUGUGGCCGCAAACACGGAAAUAAAAAGAGGCAAAUCUGCACUCGUACGUACCUCAGGGUUUUCUGAUUUGUGUAUGUUUAUUUGCUGUUUAGGGCUUUGUUUUAUUUUGGAGCUCGUCUGACUCGAGCUUUUAGCAGCAUUGGACGUUGUAGUAUAAUUGUGUUACACGUGCCAUAUACGAAAGAUUCCAAGCGUCGAGCCUGAUGACGAGAUGCAGACACACUGCACAACGACAUCACCUGUCGUAGACAGUGUGAUUGACAGAUGUUGAAGAGAAGCCAGUGGUGCCUUGUGGGUUAUUCCUGACGUGUCAAUCCCCGAUCACUGAUCAAUUGCUACCUCGAGUGGUCAGAAAGCUGACUCUCCUGGUGCUGUUUUCAUAUUUUUCUGCACCGCUUUUUAUAAGGAGGUGAAGAUGAUGUGUAUGCCUCUGGGUUUCUCUGUAUGCUGUUAUAUUUGUUCUAGUUCACCGUGUGCGUUUGCAUUUACGUCUCUGUCACAGUUUUUUUUAAAUAGAAGUUUGAACAUGUGUUUGAAGGAAGGCAACGCCAAGAGUGUUCAUUGGGUCCUUUGUUCAGGGAAAUAUGCCACUUUGACAAUGUUAAGUUAUUUCACAGUUUCUCGUCUCCACACAUUUCUUUUUUUUUACUCCUUUGCCAACGCCUUCUUUAUUUAAAACGUGGGCGGCUGCAUAAUGGCAGGAGAUAUAUUUUGGCGUUGCUUUCUGCAGGACCGCUUUUGUGUUUGCAUAUAUUUCGAUAGUAUAAUUAAUUAUAAUGGUGCCGUUCAUAUAGUGCGACGCAUGAUACUUGAGUUACUCUUAGUGAGGGGCUAUAUAUUUAAAUUUUAUCGUACCUUGCCACCAUUAAUGUCUGAAUCAAGUAUGGUAGAGGAGCUCAGAGACUGUAGUUCAAUUUCAGUGAGCCAAUUGUCAUCUGGCCUGUUUCCGCUGAAGACUAGGUCGGCUUACGCGUAGCUGUAAAAUAGAAUUCCUCAUAGUUCCCGUGUGUACACACAAAUAUAUAUUAGUAAACAAAUACGAAACCUCAAGAAACUUUUUUUAUCAACACCAGUGCAAAAGAUAUUAUGUACAUAGUUCCAUGUAAAUUGAAGAGGAAAUGAAAGUUCUCAUUUUUUAUUCUUCUGGUCACUGCUGCUUUUUGUUUGUUUUUUAGUGCCAUGGAAUUUUUGUCUCAUUUCAAGUCAAGAACAACUAUACUGAAACAUUGUAUUUUGUAAAUUCUAACACACAGUAAGUUUGUGUUGUGUAACUUUCUGUGGUUUGUAUAAAAAAUAAUAAAUUUCUUUGCAUGAUACA